AUGGGUUCCGCUGAAAAUGAAGAAUCAGCAAUCCAAAUAUCCGAAACCACAAAAAGUUCAUCUCUUUUCCGAUACAAUUCACCUCUUGCACAAAUCAUUCUCAUUGGGUUAGUUUGUUUUUGUUGUCCAGGCAUGUUCAACGCUCUCUCGGGAAUGGGCGGUGGUGGUCAAGUCAACGCCACCGCUUCCAACAACGCCCUCACCGCGCUCUACACAACCUUCGCCGUUUUCGGAAUCCUAGGUGGUGGAAUCUACAACAUCCUCGGACCACACUUAACUCUCUUCGCAGGUUGUUCCACCUAUGUCCUCUACGCCGGUUCCUUCCUCUACUACAAUCAUAAACAACACCAAGCUUUUGCUAUAAUCGCCGGUGCCGUUCUUGGAAUCGGUGCAGGGUUAUUAUGGGCUGCACAAGGUGCUAUUAUGACAUCUUACCCUCCAGUGAAUCGGAAAGGAACUUACAUUUCGAUUUUCUGGAGUAUCUUCAACAUGGGUGGCGUUAUCGGUGGUUUAAUCCCUUUUAUUCUUAAUUAUAACAGUGGUGAUAAAGCUGCUACUGUUAACGAUGGAACUUACAUAGGUUUCAUGGCUUUUAUGUCCUUAGGAACCGUUUUGUCUCUGACUAUUUUGCCAGCGAGUAAAGUUGUUCGUGAUGAUGGAACAAAGUGUACAAAUAUGUUAUACUCAAACGUUGCAACUGAGAUUAUGGAGAUUUUGAAACUGUUCUACAAUUGGAAGAUGCUUCUCAUGAUUCCUGCAGCUUGGUCUAGUAAUUUUUUCUAUACAUAUCAGUUUAAUCAUGUUAAUAAGACCGAGUUUAAUUUGCGAACAAGAGGGUUGAACAAUGUGUUUUAUUGGGGAGCACAGAUGAUUGGUUCGAUUGGGAUUGGAUACACUAUGGAUUUCAGUUUUAAGAGUAGGAAGAAAAGAGGGAUUGUAGGAAUCUGUGUUGUUGCUGUUCUUGGAAGUGCUAUUUGGGGUGGUGCAGUGGCUAAUCAGAUAAAACAUAGACAUGGUGUGAUAUUGGAUUUUAAGGAGUCUGGUUCUGGUUUUGCUGGUCCUUUUGUUUUGUAUUUUAGUUUUGGAUUGUUGGAUGCCAUGUUUCAAAGUAUGGUUUAUUGGUCCAUUGGAGCAUUGGCUAAUGAUUCUGAGGUUCUUAGCAGAUAUACAGGGUUCUAUAAAGGGAUACAGAGUGCUGGAGCUGCGGUUGCAUGGCAAAUUGAUAACCACAAUGUGUCUCCAAUGUCACAGUUGAUUGUGAAUUGGGUGCUCACUACAUUAAGCUAUCCGUUACUGUUAGUUUUGAUGGUGUUGGCUGUGAAGGAGGAUAGUAAGGAGGAAGAGAAAACUGGUGAAAAGAAGGAGGAUAGUAAGGAGGAAGAGAAAACUGGUGAAAAGAUUUCUGCUCCAGGUCACAAUGGCUCUCUCUCUCUGUCCAUUGACUUCUCUGGUUGUCUCUUUCAAUUGUAA